GCCAUUCUGACAAUAAUUUUGUGUAUUUGUAAAAUUAGUUAAUAUGAUGGUAACAGAUAAUAAUAGCAAUGCAGUAUAUAAUUUCAAUGAAGUGCGCGACAGUAGUGCUAGCAAUUGUGAAUCUAAUGUCUGCAACAAGCCUUCAUCGCCGAGAAAAUUUUUCGAGCGGUUGUAUGGUCACCUGGAAACAGAUCGUAACAGUGUUGUGGAUGAAAGUGCAGAAAAUAACCGUUCUCCGUCUGUGAGUUCAACCAGUACCAGUCGAUCAUCGCCCACUCUAGAUAUCGAAGAAACGAGUGAGCAUAGGUCGCUUUGUAGUGAAAUAGUUCGAACAAGUGUAUACGAUCAGCUAACAUAUGAAUUUACAACAUCACCACUUGUUGGUCAUCCGGCGAUCUUCGGAGAACAAGGAUUAGCAACUGUAGCACCGAUGACUCCAAGCGCUUUUGGAACGUUCAGACCGUUUUUCGGGGUUGGUCCUGAUGGAUCUCAUAUACCGGCGGGAUUAUCAGCAUUUUUGGCUCGGAGGCGCAAAAAAGAGGGUCGCCCGCGUCGUCAGCGGACCACAUUCAGCAGCGAACAAACGCUUCGGCUGGAGGUUGAAUUUCAUCGCAAUGAGUACAUUUCCCGUGGAAGACGCUUUGAGUUGGCGGAGGUAUUGAAACUGUCAGAGACUCAAAUAAAAAUUUGGUUCCAAAAUCGACGCGCCAAAGAUAAACGGAUAGAGAAAGCACAGAUCGAUCAUCAGUAUAGGACGUUUGCUGCCGUAAACGGUCUGUUCUCUCCAUUCAGUGCCCAGUAUCCGUCAGUGCUGAAUCCUAACAUUACAACUCAGCCGGCGUUGCAUAAUGUUUUCUAUGACCAGCUCAACACACCCUAUAAGGAGGACCAUAGAAUCACUGAAUGAAUGCAGUCAGCCAA